AUGCCACCACCAUCUGAUAUCUCAGAUUGGGAAAAAUCUGGAUUGAUGACUCCGGAAAAGAUCCGGCAGAGGCUCUAUGAUCAGAUAGUGUCGUAUUGUUUCGACGAGAAUGAGCAUGCAGCCCUUCGCGAGAAAUUUAAUUCCCCUGUCGUGGGCAUGAACGGGAUCAAACACUGGGAUCAGGCAAUCUUUCAAAACUUUCUCUCAGAAUUAUCAAUCCCUUCAUCUCUACCACUUUUGACUGAGGCUGGUCCGAUUCUCUUUUCUAGUGCGGUAUAUAUGAGCAGGUUCCCCUUCAACACACAACCUAUCAGGGAUUUACCGUCCAAUCUGACAUAUGAAGACCUCCUACGUGCCAUCUUUUGGGUGCUUCCGGAACGUGCCAGCGUGGACCGGACCAGAACUGCUUCUGAUCAGAGAAGGAUAAUUUUUCAGAGUCUUGCAGAUAUAAGCGGAGAUUUCGGAUUUGACGAAGAGGAGGAAAAGAAAAUCGCAGCGCAGAGGGCAUUUCAGGUAGUUGACCACUCCCGUGACUGGGCACUUAGCAACUACGAUGAGGAAGGAGAUGAGAUGUAUCACGACAUUCUCGAUGUUAUUUCUAGCUCACGCAUGCAAUUUGUUGAGCCGUCAUAUUCAACGUACGACCGGAAUGACUUUCGUCCACUUGCAAGGCGCCUAGCCACUCCGACUUGUCUACGGCAGCUGGCCAUUUCGAGGGGCCGGUUCAAGCCACUUGUAAAGUUGUUACUGGCAGAACAUCUAAAUGAUGGAAUCCAGAAACCCGCUCUACAGUUAGCAGAGCUUGAAGUGGCUGCAGAUCAUGUUGUCGAUACUUUCUGUCGUGGCUCGGGCCCCGACGAAGUCAUUACUUGGCAGAAAUUUGAAUGGGCGCUUUCCGAAAGAACACCAUUUCUUUUCUUCUCCCUCUACCGCUUAUAUGAGUCUCUUGUUAGGACUUCCGAUGAUGACUCUGUUAAUAAAUAUGUGGCAUACCCGCCACAAUCGGUACCAUCGGGCCACAUCCUUAAUCUUGUCACUAUCAGCCAGAUUCUUUUCACUAUCGAUUCGACAGUAGCCUUUGACAACCCUCGCCUUAUAUACCAAUACGACGAUUGUCAGGCUGCAUCUGACGUUCCCACGGUAUCCGAGGUGCAUGACGCCAUCAAGUUUUCCCCAAAGGAAUCUUGGGACUUCCGACUUCUUCUUGUAUCUGGUAAAUCGACAUCGAAUGGAGAAACGGUUGUAUUUGGCGCCUUCCUACAAGGAUUAGGCGAAGAGGAGAAAAUUAUUCCGCGGCAAGAAGAUCAUUUGGAGGGAAGUCUUCUGUUCCAACUAGCCCCUAUUCACGACGUCUUUCGCAGUAACAUUGGCAAGAAAGCAUGGACGGUAGGUAGCGAUAACGAACUGUGCUUCGGUGAGAAGGGACAGGGGUUUUCGAUGAGAUUCGUUGACGGAUUGAAACGGCUCAAUGUGAUACAUAAGGUCGGUGUACAUGAGGAAAGUAUAUACCAGGCGACAGAAUGGAGAGGUAGCUGGGAAAUGGAGGUCGAGAUUGAUAAGGUCGAAGUAUGGGAAUAG